GCCACAUUAUCCUAUUAUUGUGCGCCUAGUUGCCUUUCGCCUUUCGCCAUAGAAACCCAAACCUAUACACAUCAUGUCAACCUGUCAUUGCUUCAGUGGAGUGCCAGCUGAUGCUGAUUUUAAACCAUCGGGGUCAUUUUCGACCAUUGCUGGCUUGAAGGUGUACAAGUCAACACCUCUCAGUCCCGGGCCAAAUUCCAAGGGAAGCAUCCUCUUCUUCCCUGAUGGCUUCGGUCUUGCAAGGCAUAAUCAACGUCUUGCUGAUAUGUAUUCUGGGCACGGAUACGAGACCACAAUCGUAGACUAUUUCGAGGGUGACGCCUUACCUGAUAUCUUCAUGAAGUAUCUCCCCGGAACAGACCUCGAUUCAUACGAUAAUCUUACCAAGGAGGAAAAAGAUAUUAUUCGCAAGAUAGACAUGCCAACUUGGUUGGAACGUCAUACUCCGAAUCAUAUCGCGUCACUCCUUGACCGCUUCCUACCGGAUUUUCUCGAGACAGUUCCAAGGCAAGAUGAAAAAGAUAGCCACGGCCUCAGCGCCAAGACUCUUUACAUCGUCGGUCAUUGUUUUGGGGGUAAACAUGCCCUCAACCUUGGUCAAAAGGAGUCAGAUGUGACAUCAGUCAUAGUAUUUCAUCCCUCAUUCCUUGAAUCGUCAGAUACGAAGAAUCUGAAGAGGCCUGUUUUCAUGGGCCUGGCCGAGACAGAUGUCUUCACGCCGGAGUUGAGUAGCGUUAUGUUGUCUCAAUUGCCGAGUUCUGGUACAAGGUACAAAUUGCUAGUCUACGGAGGGACCAAACACGGGUUCGCGAGUCGGUCGGACCUUGGAAACGAAUUGGAAAAGGCCAUGUUUGCAGAAGCGUUUAAUGACGGGUUGAGGUGGAUGGAAUCGACGGCUUCAGAUAUCCCGAAGGUUGAUUCGCAAUCGUAGUGCAUAAGUGGGAUUGGAUCUGUUCAACGGAGAUGAUAUUUUAAAAUUCAGUAUGGAGAUGGCAAGAAAAGUUACAUAGAUAGUAUUAGUUGGUUCAUCUUGCAUCGUUCUUCAAUAUAUGUCGUAUUCGAAGGCAUCUGUCCGUAGACCCUCGGUUCGUAUGAUCCUUGCAUCUUUACCCCUAUUCCAAGCGAAUUUGUCAUUUUGAACCUAUCUACCUAAGGAGGCACAGCAAUGAAUGCAAGGGAACAUUUAACCACGUACACUGUGUCACAUGUUCGAACAAAGAUCCUUCCGAAUUCUAGGCUCGGAUUGAAUCGAACAAAGGUAUUGUAGUCAGGUUGCA